GAAGCAUUCUGUGCCCGGCUCCGUCGCUGGUCCAGCAGCUCCUUCCAGCUCAUAGAACCUCAGACAAGAUGGCGGCGCUACGAGUCGCGGUGCUUUCGGGGAGUGGGAGAGCCCUCCUCAGCACACCGAAAACUAUCAGGACGCCUAAGGCCAACAUGUCCUUCGCCAGCCUGCCGCGGAACAAGAAGCUUGCCCUUACAACGCUAGGUGUGGUCACAACCGGUGGAGUAGGACUUGCCCUGAUGCUGCACCAGGCUGUCAAAGCCUCCGACCUGGAGCUCCACCCUCCUCAAUACCCCUGGAGCCACGCUGGACCACUGUCCUCUCUGGACCACGCUAGCAUUCGCCGUGGUUACCAGGUGUAUAAGCAGGUGUGUUCAGCCUGCCACAGCAUGGAGUACCUGGCCUUCAGAAACCUGGUGGGAGUGUCACACACAGAGGCCGAGGUUAAGGCCAUUGCUGAGGAGGUUGAGGUAGUGGAUGGUCCUGAUGAGAGUGGAGAGAUGUUCACUAGGCCAGGAAAGCUGUCGGACUACUUCCCAAAGCCCUACCCCAACCCAGAGGCAGCUCGGGUUGCCAACAACGGAGCCCUGCCUCCAGACCUCAGCUACAUUGUCAAUGCAAGACAUGGAGGAGAGGACUACGUGUUCAGCCUGCUGACGGGAUACUGCGACCCGCCAGCCGGAGUGACAGUGAGAGAGGGACUCUACUACAACCCCUACUUCCCUGGCCAGGCCAUCGGCAUGGCCCCACCCAUCUACAAUGAGGUGCUGGAGUUUGAGGAUGGAACCCCUGCCACCAUGAGCCAGGUUGCUAAGGAUGUGUGUACCUUCUUGAGGUGGGCCGCCGAGCCGGAGCAUGACCAACGCAAGCGCAUGGGACUGAAGUUGCUGAUGGGCUCAGCCAUCCUCGUCCCUCUGAUCUACUACAUGAAGAGACACAGGUGGUCCGUGCUGAAGAGCAGAAAGAUCGCCUACAGGCCUCCCAAGUAACGAGGAACAAACACACCCCAGUCUGGGCCUAAAAUCUACCAGGAACGGCUGCGUUCAAUGACCCACAACGCUCACAUCGUAUAAUAAAGAUACGGAACAACUGACAAAUGCACAUAUGCCUUUCCAAGAGGGGGUAGAUUUACAUAUACAUAUAUACAUAUAUAUAUGAAAAAUGCCUUUUUUAGUUGUUGGCAUUCUAGAACCACUUGUGUGACAGGUUUUCUUGUAUCUGGCGCAAGAAUGUGUCAGAGUUGUGGCAUUUUUGAACGCACCCCCCCACAAAGUUUAUGUUUCUUCGAUCUGCAUCGAGUCAUUGCUGGUAGCAGUUAACGUCUUGACAUCUUGUAUUAGACAUUUUGUCACAAUUGACUGAUAAGUUGAUUGGUUGCCCAUCUUUGUAAGAUACUCAAUAACCACACGAGCGGAGAGAAAUGGUUGCCCUUCAAGUUCAUACUGUGUGUGUAAAUCCAUCCUCCCCUGUCGUCUCCACGAAGCCACUCAGUGGAUCAAAUGCAACCUCUGAACCUCUGUUUUACUGUACAAAAUAAAUUAUGUUAAAGGAAA